CUUCUCCUUUUGAUAUUUUACCGAUCUCUAUGUCGGCAUUUUGUCAUCGGUUUCUUGGAUCACUUAAGUUCUUUUUUUGGUCAGAAAGCAGUAAUACUGUGACGGUGAAGUUUGUGGUUUCUUGUUCUUCUGCAUGCUUGUGUCUCGAGAUAAGCACUUCUCGCUGGGCAGAUCGAACUGGAGCUGUUAUGGAUUGAGCCGGAUAGAAAUCGAUUAGAUGAUGAUUUUAGUGGACGAUGCUGGAGGCAAAUGGCCGAUAAUAGGCCAUGCGCCUUGGAAUGGUUGCCACCUUGCCGAUUUUGUGAUGCCAUUUUUUCUCUUCAUCGUUGGGAUGUCCAUUGCUCUCUCUCUCAAGAGAAUCCCCAAUCAGGUCAUGGCAGUGAAGAAGGUGGUUUUGAGGACCCUCAAGCUCCUGUUCUGGGGUAUCAUCUUGCAAGGCGGUUACUCGCAUGCUCCAGACAAGCUGUCCUAUGGAGUUGACAUGAAAAAAAUACGUUGGUGUGGGAUUCUCCAGAGAAUAGCACUUGCAUACUUGAUUGUAGCAAUGGUGGAGAUCGUGACCAGGAAUUUCCGACCCGAAGCUUCUACAAACGUCUAUAUUUCUAUUUUUAAGUCAUAUUGUUGGCAAUGGCUAGUUGGGGCAUGUCUACUUGUCGUGUAUAUGGGUAUAUUAUAUGGGCUCUAUGUUCCGGAUUGGGAGUUCACCGUGCAAAAUGUUGAUAGCUCUUAUUACGGAAUGCAUUUCACUGUGCAUUGUGGUGCGCGCGGCAGACUGGAUCCUCCUUGCAAUGCAGUGGGAUAUGUUGAUAGGAAAGUUCUAGGAAUAAACCACAUGUAUCAGCAUCCUGCCUGGAGAAGAACUAAGGCCUGCACUAAAUACUCUCCCUAUGAGGGACCUAUUUCAAAUGAUGCACCAGCAUGGUGUCACGCACCAUUUGAACCUGAAGGGGUUUUGAGUUCAACCUCAGCAGUACUCACCACCAUUAUUGGGGUGCACUUUGGGCACGUGCUUGUCCAUCUAAAUGAUCAUUCUAAAAGGCUUACACAUUGGAUGUCCAUGGGUUUGUUCCUUCUAUUUGUAGGUUUGAUUCUUCAUAUCACAGAUGAAGUUCCACUGAACAAGCAACUGUACAGUUUCAGCUAUGUUUGUCUUACUGCGGGUGCUGCAGCAUUGACAUUCUCAGUUUUCUAUGCAUUAGUGGACAUCUGGAAAUUGCAUCAUAUUUUUCUGCCAUUGCAGUGGAUUGGCAUGAACGCAAUGCUUGUUUUUGUGAUGGCAGCAGAAGGCAUUUUUGAAGCAUUUGUUGAUGGGUGGUAUUAUGAUGAUCCACAUAAUACUCUGGUUAAUUGGAUCAAGAAGCAUGUCUUCAUAAAUGUGUGGCACUCCGAAAAAGCAGGCAUUCUCCUCUAUGUCAUCUUUGGGGAGAUCGUGUUUUGGGCCGUAGUAUCUGGUGUCCUCCACAGACUGGGGAUCUACUGGAAGCUGUAGCACCUCUAGAGCCCCUGUUCACAGUUUGUAAUUUAAGCAGACAACAACCAGUUUCACAGAUUCUGCAGAGACUUGGGUGUACCUAGUAAGAUACACUUAACAUCUCUUUA